AUGCGUUGUGUGCACUCGAAGUGUUUGCUGGAUUGGGUGUGCCAACGUCGCUCACUUUCCUGCGAGGUAUGCGGUGCGAGUUACAAUGCUGUCAAAGUGUUCAAGUUGUAUUCGGCGGAUGGGGAACCUGGAUUUUUUACAUUGUGCUGGAUUUGUGCUAGGCACUACCUGGCGCGCUGGCUUGGGACGCUAACCUUUGUGGUGCUCAAUACGCUACUGCUCAUUAUGCUUCCCUAUGUUGUGGCGUUUUUUUAUUAUGCCGCACAUCCAUUUGUGCCCUUCACUCCACCGUGGGAUUCUGUCAUUCAGUUAGUUCCAGUGUUGGGCCAUUUCUCGCCGCUCUUUUUUUUCGUGGUGGGUGCGGGGCUCACCCUCAGUGUACUUCCUCUUUUCCUUCUGUGGUACCAAUGCCUUUGGUGGUUUUUCGCAGUGGGGGAAGCGAUUGGAAUGACUCCAGUGGGGGACGAGGUGGAGGGCCAACCCAGCACCAAUGCUGUACUCACAAAUUCUGAUGAGGAACUCCACGAGGAGUUGGAUGAGGAGGUCGGAGGCUGCCGGUUGGUCCCAGUCAUCCUCCCAGAGGAAAAGGAAACGGUUUUGGAGGCCAUCAGGCUAUCAAGGCAGGAAUCCAGUGAUGUCUUUGGCGGAGGAUAUUUAUCGCCGACCGUUGCAGGGGGAUUUGCGUACUUCAUUGUUUUUUGUGCUGUUAUGUGGGUGUCGCUAAUUUUCUUUCCAGAAGUGAUGCGUAGGACGGUAACAUUCUUUUGGAACGUUGCCGAUGGGAGCUUCUACUGCAAUGCAGCGUUGCAGAGGGUUCUGCAGUUAUCAUCUUCCUCGGAGGACACGCUUCAGUUGCGUUACGCCAUGGUUACGCUGUUCUUAGAUGCGUUGGGAGGCUCAAGGCUGGUUUCUGGGUCCGUCCUUUAUCUGAGACUAAGCCUCUCUGUGUGGAUUUUAUCUUGGCUCCCCGUACGCCUGCGUUGUUUGCGGUACCGUCAACUGGUACCUUUGAUGCUUCGCUAUUUCCAUGGAAUGCUGAAAAUAAUUGCGUUGUUAUCUUGUGCUUUUUUAACGGUGUGUUUCGUGACGACAGUGGGGUGCCUGGACUACUUUGUAGUCGAGACCUCGUUUGCUCCCAACGACUAUGAGAGGGCAUGGAAACUUGCGACGGAGACCACAACCAACAAGCUGCCUCGGCCAAUGUUCUCCAUGAAUUCGGCAGACGUUGUUACGGCUUCUUCGUCUGUGACCAUUUUGAAGGCACUGCGUGCUCUUCCAUGGACCACGGAGAAUGACACCUGCGGCAACUUUGGGGACGUGUACAUGACGCACAUAAAUACUAGCCAUACGAAUAGUAUUUCUGGUGCUGCCAGUGGAGGCGCAUGGGUCAUGGAGGGCGAGGAUCCGCUCCUAUUUCCACUCUUUGCCUCCACGGUUUUCGUUUCCAAGGUUGACAGUAUAUCGGUAUUGGAAACUGGAUAUAUGGCGGCGUAUUUCGUUCUCUUUGUCCCUAAACUGAUGCGAUUUCUCCUACAGACAUUCAUUGAGGAGCGGUGGUUGGGUUGGAGCACACUUUACCGGACGCUGCAGAGGAAUGUGAUUGAUGUUAUUUUGCGCUGUGACACGAAGACAUUUCUACUCAUCUAUGCUGAAAUUCUCACGUACACAGUGCUCUUUUCAGUUGUGCUGCUCCGGUUCUCGCUGGCCCUCGUCCGUGUCGUUUUCCCUUCAGCAGUGCCCAUAGUGUUGCUGCCCAGCAAUAUUUUACCCCCCUUCUUAUUCUGGGGGAGGCUGCUUCUUGUUUCCAAUACGACAAUUCAAUACGUGGUAAAGCGGAUAUACGACCUCUUGGCUUUCACCGUUGAGAACGUCUUUAACGUCAAACAGGUGAUGCACGGAGGUUGUUCCUCACUGUCGCGCUUGAUUUCAGGCGCUGCGCGUGUCUUGGCAUCUGUGGUUUUCGCUUGGUUGGUGACAGUUGUGGCAUUGGCGGCGUAUGCCAUCGUAGGAUCCUACGCGCUGGGUAAGCGAGGCCAUCUAUUGCGAAUGUGCCUGUUUUUUGAGGUUAGGUGCUACCUUUUCUUUCACCCCCUACAGCUUGCUCACCAAUUGAACCCCGUGCCAGUUUGGUUCUUGCCGCGUUGGCUUCAGCAACCCCGCCACUUAUUGGAACUGUGGAAGCAUCGCUGGUGGUUUGGGUCGUGCCUGGGUUUGUGGUUGGUUUCAGCUGAGGUUCGGGAUGGGAACACGCUUGGCUACAGCAUUCGGUCGAUUCCCAACUUGCCUGUGGAUGUGGCUCUCAAAUUUGCACAUGCUCUGGAUAACAUUUCGGCCAGCUUGGAAGCACAAAAACAGGCCAGAGGUCUUGCGCGUCCUGCUGUGCGACUACAAAAGACAUUGAGGGCUCUCCGCUCCCGGGAUGGCGUCGAAUACGUUUUACUUCUGGAGGAUGUACGCCUUCUGCUUGACACCAUGACUCCACCCACUAUUCAACAGUGUCUUUGGUAUCUUGUGAAUUCUGCGGUGCUUUUGGUGCUUCUUCCCUUUCUUGCAGGCGCCGCAUGGAGGCUGCUGGUACAGAGCAUUUUUGAUGAGCCAUACUGCAAUGUGACUUCCGGCGUUUUUUUCAUUGUGUACUCGUGGCACUGUGGAAUCUGGAUGACGGUUCUGCUUUCUCUGUUGAGUGUGAAACUAUGCGGUGCUCCGAGGCGUUUAUUACUCUACUUGUUCUGCGGCAGUAAGCAUUUCACGUUAAAAAGUACAGCUGAGUUCCUUUGGAAACCUCAUUUUAUGCACAUCGCCUCCGUCUCUUUUGUUCCCUACACGCUACACAAUCUCUCGCAGGGUUUCCUGGCACCGGGGGGGAGAGAGAAGUUUGGGGGGAGCUAUCAGUUAUACUCUACAGCGUCCGCCUUAGUGCUGUGCACCGCGUCCUUUCUGCUGGAAAUAUGGGAGCUGAAACAACCUCGCCCGACCCAGCUGCGCGGUGUGCACGAACACGAGACGAAAAAAUUGGUGUCGCCGCACACGGUGCCGAAGUUCGUGCGUACAUUUGUCGUGGGCAAACCUGUGGCUGCAGGCGUACGCGUGCGAGAGGUGGCGCCCGCCGAACGUGAAGUUGGAGUUAGGGCUCCGCGGCAAACUCAGGCCGCUGAAAACAGCGUUAGGAAAACCAUUGCAACUAUAAGGGACUUAUUAGACUCGGUGCCUGCGUUAGUUGUCCAGUUCUUACGAACAGUGGCUGAAACAGACAGUUUUGUGGGAGUUGUUUUUUUAGAUCACCAUUCAAUUUCAUCAGGAGAUCCCCCGAAUGCAUAA